AUGUCGGAUCUGGCUGGUGACACCAUCCUAUCCCCCACCCUCAUCCCUGAACUCACUGCGCCCACGUGGAGGAGAACCGUGAAGGCCCAGAAGUUUGAGCAGGGGGGCUGGGGACAUGGAGCACCUCCUGACCCUCUGGGUCCCCUGGCAGGGCUGGAGUACAGCGAUGUGCUGCCCGACUCCUUCCCGUCGGCGCCGGCGGAGACGCUCCCACACUUCCUGCUGGAGCCACAGGACGCCUACAUCGUGAAGAACAAGCCCGUGGAGCUCGUGUGCCGCGCCAACCCCGCCACGCAGAUCUACUUCAAGUGCAACGGAGAGUGGGUCAACCAGAACGACCACGUCACCAAGGAGAGCCUGGAUGAGGUCACCGGGCUGCUGGUGCGGGAGGUGCAGAUCGAGGUGUCCCGGCAGCAGGUGGAGGAGCUGUUUGGCCUGGAGGAUUACUGGUGCCAGUGCGUGGCCUGGAGCUCGGCGGGCACCACCAAGAGCCGCCGGGCUUACGUCCGCAUCGCCUACCUACGGAAGAACUUUGAUCAGGAGCCGCUGGGCAAGGAGGUCCCACUGGAGCAUGAGGUGCUGCUGCAGUGUCGCCCACCCGAGGGGGUCCCACAGGCUGAGGUGGAGUGGCUGAGGAACGAGGACGUCAUCGAUCCCACCCAGGACACAAACUUCCUGAUCACCAUCGAUCACAACCUCAUCAUCAAGCAGGCCCGGCUGCUGGACACUGCUAAUUACACCUGCAUGGCCAAGAACAUCGUGGCCAAGCGCCGGAGCACCACGGCCGCUGUCAUCGUCUACGUGAAUGGUGGCUGGUCCACCUGGUCGGAGUGGUCUCCUUGCAAUAACCGCUGUGGCCGGGGCUGGCAGAAGCGCACCCGGACCUGCACCAACCCCGCGCCCCUGAACGGCGGCUCCUUCUGCGACGGGCAGCCCUUCCAGAAAAUCACCUGCACCACCCUCUGCCCAGUGGACGGCGCGUGGACGGAGUGGAGCAAGUGGUCGGCGUGCAGCACCGAGUGCACCCACUGGCGCAGCCGCGAGUGCGCGGCCCCCGCGCCCCGCAACGGCGGCAAGGACUGCAGCGGGGUGCUGCUGGACUCCAAAAACUGCACCGACGGCCUCUGCCUACACAAUAAAAGAAUUCUAAACGAGCCCAAAAGCCACCUGCUGGAGGCCACGGGCGAUGUGGCCCUGUACGCCGGGCUGGUGGUGGCCAUUUUCGUCUUCAUCGUGAUCCUCAUGGCCGUGGGGGUGGUGGUGUACCGGAGGAGACGCCGGGAUUUCGACACGGACAUCACGGACUCCUCAGCUGCUCUGACCGGAGGGUUCCACCCUGUCAACUUCAAGACAUCCCGGCAUGACAACCCUCAGCUGCUGCACCCUUCGAUGCAGCCGGACCUGACGGCCAGCGCGGGCGUGUACCGCGGCCCCAUGUACGCCCUGCAGGACUCCUCUGACAAGAUCCCCAUGACCAACUCGCCCCUGCUGGACCCCCUGCCCAGCCUCAAGAUCAAGGUGUACAACUCCUCCACCGCCUCCUCCUCCUCGCCGGGGCUGCACGACGGCACGGACCUGCUGGGGGGAGGCCCCGCCACCAGCACCUACCCGGGGGAUGCCGCCAGGGACGGCCACUUUGCCAACGUGCGGAGCAAAGGCCUGGGCUCCCAGCACCUCCUCAGCCUGCCCCGGGAGCACGGCUACAGCGCCAGCGGCACCUUUGGUUACCUGGGGGGAAGGCUCACCGUGCCGGGCACAGGGGUGAGCCUGCUGGUGCCCCACGGGGCCAUCCCCCAGGGGAAGUUCUACGAGAUGUACCUGGUGCUCAACAAGGCUGAGACCGCCCUGCUGCCCUCUGAGGGCACACAGACAGUGCUGAGCCCGGCAGUGACCUGUGGGCCUACGGGCCUGCUCCUGUGCCGCCCUGUCGUCCUGACCAUUCCCCACUGCGCCGACGUCGGCUCCUCGGAUUGGAUCUACCAGCUGAAAACACAGUCCCACCAGGGAAACUGGGAGGAGGUUGUGACCCUGGAUGAGGAGACCCUCAACACUCCCUGCUACUGCCAGCUGGAAGCCAAGUCCUGCCACAUUUUGCUGGACCAGCUUGGCACCUACGUCUUUGUGGGGGAGUCCUACUCCAGGUCAGCCAUCAAGAGGCUCCAGCUGGCCAUCUUUGCCCCCACCGUCUGCACCUCCCUGGAGUACAGCCUCAAGGUCUACUGCCUGGAGGACACGCCAGAUGCUCUGAAGGAGGUGCUGGAGCUGGAAAGGACAUUGGGAGGGUACCUGCUGGAGGAGCCCAAGCCCUUGCCCUUCAAGGACAGCUACCACAACCUGCGCCUCUCCAUCCACGACAUCCCCCACGCGCUGUGGAGGAGCAAGCUGCUGGCCAAGUACCAGGAAAUCCCCUUCUACCACAUCUGGAGCGGCAGCCAGCGAGCGCUGCACUGCACCUUCACGCUGGAGAGGUACAGCCAGGCCUCCACCGAGCUCACCUGCAAGAUCUGCGUCCGGCAGGUGGAAGGGGAAGGGCAGAUCUUCCAGCUCCACGUCACGAUGGGAGAGCAUGGCAGCUCCUCCGACACCCUCCGCUCCCACCACAGCGGGGCCACCACAACCACCACCACCACCCAGGUGGGACCCUACGCCUUCAAAAUCCCCCUCUCCAUCCGGCAGAAGAUCUGCAACAGCCUGGAUGCUCCCAACUCCAGGGGAAACGACUGGAGACUUCUUGCCCAGAAGCUUUCCAUGGACCGGUAUCUGAACUACUUUGCCACCAAAGCCAGCCCCACCGGCGUGCUCCUGGACUUGUGGGAAGCCGAGCACCAGGACGACGGCGAUCUCAACACCCUGGCCAGUGCCUUAGAGGAGAUGGGCAAGAGCGAGAUGCUGGUGGUCAUGGCCACAGAGGGGGACUGCUGAUGGUGCUCCCCACGCCUGGGGGGCCGGGAGGACGAAGCAGGGGGUGAGGAAGGGUCCUCCCCCGAUGGCAGGGGGAGGCAGAUCCGCCCUGAGCGGGGAGGGGCCGAGGCCGGCGCUUCUCCCGCAUCACUGUCAGCCUUAGAGACCCAUCCUCAGCGUUUACAAGCAAUUCAAGUGUUAAACAGCAUUCCUCCUCAAGGCACGGGGAGGAAUUAGGGCUUCUCGAGUUGGGAUGGGGGCUUUCCUUUUCCUUCUUCUUUUUGGGUUCCCUUCCUCCUCCUGUAAUUGCAUUUCUGCGUUGAAGAGACGAAUACAAUCCAGGCUUAACUUCUGUCAAAGGCUUCAGGCAGCUUAACGAGGCAAAUAGGAAAGAAAAAAAAAGUUAAAAAAAAAAAAAGUUUCUUAGGAAACGCAAAUAAUUUAUUAUCCAGAUCUUUGUUUUUAAAAAAAAAAAAAAAAAAGAAAAAAAAAAAAGACAGAUUUAUAAAUCUUUUUUUUUUUUUCAGUGUGUGAGAGCAAGAGCGUCAUUGUGGUCAGGGUGGCAGAGAGAGAGAUUUCAAUGGACGCACUUUUGUAAGGAAAAGCGUGUGAUCCGAGUUGAGAAAAAUGUGUUUACAUGUCCUGGGACCCCUAGGGAGUCUGGAGGGUGAAGUGCCUCUCCUCCCCUCUGGUUCAGGGCCAGCUCAGACCCUUCCCAAGGCUUUUGUCCUUGCAAGCUCCCUUUUCCCUUCAGAAGGAAUGAUGGGUCCCACUCCGCCUGCAAGGAGGGAUGAGGGAUGCUGCCCUCUGUUUAGGGUUCAGGGUGGGGAGAGUGCAUCCAGAUGUGGGUAUUUGUAAUGAAUUCUCCCCUGGCAUGGUUUGGGGGAGCUUUUUAGGAUGACUACGCCUUCAUUUACAUAACUUCAGUACAAACCAAAGAUUUCAGUCCUGCGCCAACCUCCAGACUCGAGGCUAAAGGGGGAGAUGUUGUAAACCCAGUAGGAUUUUGCGGUGAGCACCCCCAAACCUGGGCUUGGGGGUCAGAGGGAGGCGAUGAGAGGGUGUGGAGGGGUCAGAGGAGAGCAGAGGCUGGGAUGUGGCCAGGCCUCCGCUUCAGGUCCCUGCACUCCUGCCUGGAUUUUGAUGCAGCGUUUCAGCACGGAUUCAGGGAGGUGUCCCUGAAUGUCCUCUGGUGUCCCCAGGCUGCGAGCCAGGCUGAGCAUUUUCACACGAGGUGAUGGCAGUGUGUGAGCAGUGCUCAGCCUUCCAUCCCUCACUGCAGCUCCUCUUUUUCCUUGGAAUAGGCUUUCUGUAGCAAUGGAGAAGCUGUGGGGUGAAUGGAAAGCAAUCGAGUGGUAGGCAGGAACGAGGUUCCUCACACCAGAUACGGUGUCACGAUGAAGGUAAAAAAUUUAGGUUGCCUGCAGGUAGAAAUAGUUACUCACUGAGUGCUGUAUCUUAGAAAUGUGUCUGUUUUAAAAAAAA